CCUACAGUGAAAGGCUCGGUGGAUCCCAAAGUCUCAAGGUCUGGACCCAGCUGCGUAAUCUCAACAGUCAGAAGUCAACAAAGAACAGCGAACUGAACUUCAAGGUGAUUGACACAUGUUUCCAGUGGUGGUGGUCCACGGAGGGGCGGGUCAAGUCCCGAAGGAACGCUCCGAAGGGUCCAGCUUGGGGGUGCGCAUGGCAGCCCGCGCAGGGUACGCCAUCCUCCGGGGAGGGGGCAGCAGCAUGGACGCCGUGGUGGAGGCCGUGAGCCAGCUGGAGAACGACCCUUUUUUCAACGCAGGUCGUGGGUCCCUGCUAAACAUCAAAGGGGAGGUGGAGAUGGACGCCAUCGUGAUGGAUGGGAAAACGCUUGGCUGUGGUGCUGUGUCUGCUGUGCUUAACAUAGCCAACCCCAUCCGGCUAGCAAGACUGGUGAUGGACAAGACAAGUCACGUGUGUCUGACGGCCGAGGGUGCCAAUCGGUUCGCCCGGUCCGUGGGCGUCCCCGAGGUGCCCCCCGAGUCCCUCGUCACCGAGUACUCCCGCAUGUGCUGGGCAAAGAACCUGGCACCCGGCACCAACCGCGGGGAUAGCCAAAUGAGCCAAAUGGGGAAGAUGGGCACGGUCGGAGCAGUGGCAGUCGACCGCCAGGGCAACGUGGCAUGCGCGACCUCCACCGGCGGGGUGGCGAACAAGAUGGAGGGACGGGUGGGCGACACGGCCUGCAUAGGGAGCGGAGGUUACGCUGACAACCAGGUGGGAGCUGUGUCGUCCACAGGCUACGGAGAAGCCAUCAUGAAGGUUAAUCUAGCCAGACUCAUCCUGUUCCACAUGGAGCAAGGUCAGUCGGUGGAGGCUGCCAGUGGUUUAGGCCUGGCCUACAUGGAGUCCAGAGUGGGUGGGCUGGGCGGGGUGGUGACAGUGGACCCUCAGGGCCACUGGGCCGCUCGCUUCUCCAGCUUGCAGAUGGCCUGGGCCGCCGCCCAGAAAGACACCCUGCACUACGGGAUGCAAACCGGGGAAGACUUCACGCACAGCAUCGAUGACCCACUCUGACGCCAGACACGUCACUUUUUAAUAGAUUACUAUCAAUAUGUUGUUAUCUUAUUGAUCGUGUGAGUUACCUUGGUAAAGGAACCCACAGACAGUUUAAAGGAACUGUCUAUAGAAAUAAAUGUGCUUUUAUAGGAACUGUCUAUAAAUACAUUUGCUUUUAAAGAAACUGUCUAUAGAAAUACAUUUGCUUUUAUAGGAACUGUCUAUAGAAAUAAAUUUGCUUUUAUAGGAACUGUCUAUAGAAAUACAUUUGCUUUUAAAGGAACUGUCUAUAGACCAAAAGAUGCUUUUCGGGCAACUUUCUUUAAAGUUUGAAUCAUAAACAAAAAUCAGUUUUUGAAAUGACGUUGACAAUAAAUAAUUCCUCUUUAAUAG